AGUAAAACUCUGUUUUGCAAGCAUAUUGAAGCUCUUUUACAGUUAACAUAUUUUCGAUGGCGAAGAACAGUUUCAUCAUACUCUUAGUUGUUUUUGUGGCGGCGACGGUAGCUGCUUUGGAGAGAGAACCGCUAAAUACUCCGGAGGGUACUUCCGUUGAGCGGUUUACAUUGGGCGGCACAGUUCAAGGUGCAAUACCGAUUUAUCAUUACCAAGAUACCGUUACGGCUGAUAUUGAUCAGAAGGAAAUUAUCGUAAAUAUUCAAUAUCCAAACCCACAGACCGCUGACCAAUCAGCAGACAGCGCUAACGCCGUAGUUACCAGCGUUAGCUUAUAUUUGGUUGGCACUCAGGAUUUCACAUCUCAAGCCUUUACAACUUCCGGUGGCAUUGGGGAACGAAGUAUUACUCUACAAGUGGUGGCCAGCAAUACAGAAACGCUGCGUUAUGUGGUGAUCAUUGAGGGUUUAUUGGAUUAGCUGCUGAUAUAUAAAUGUAUAUAUUAUAUAUUUAUUUAAAAAUAAUCGGACGACGUGAAUGUUUUAAGAAUGAAUAAAGAGUAAAAUACUAUAGAGGUUGGAUGAAGACUAGA